GAAAGGUCGCGCGGGGCAUUGCGUCAUAUCCGGAUACGACCCCUACCUUGCGGAGAUAUAAGAAAGAAAUAUAGGGUUCCUCCAUACAUCUGUUUCGAAAUCAAGAGACGGCUAGUUUGCAAAUGUUAUUUAUAGUGAGUGGUGAAAAAACAUGAAGUAAUUUUUUAUGUAAGUCAGUCUACAAGAAAUUUGUGGUUUCCUUUCCCGUAUGCGCCGGAAGCAGUAUUGUCUUCAGGGCGUGGAAGGCGCAUGCCCAGUGGGUGACCCUUUUCGCGUGCGUUAUAGUUCGGUGGGUCACAGGCGUAAGAAGUGCGAGCGAGGGCACUAGUAGCUGCCGGUACAGACGUAGGACUGGGAGCGGACGUUACUAGCACGCGCCAUGGCAGGGCAGGCAUUUGGAAAAUUUCUUCCUCUCUUUGACCGUGUUCUGGUUGAAAGGUGUGCUGCUGAGACUGUAACUAAAGGAGGCAUCAUGAUUCCAGAAAAGUCUCAAGGGAAAGUGCUGCAAGCCACUGUCGUGGCAGUUGGAUCUGGCUCUAAAGGGAAGGAUUUUUACAGUUGGCCUGAUGAAUCUUUUGAAGAAAUGGAUAGCACACUGGCUGUUCAACAGUAUAUCCAACAAAAUAUAAGGGCAGACUGUUCAAACAUUGACAAAAUUCUUGAACCUCCCGAAGGACAGGAUGAAGGUGUUUGGAAGUAUGAACACUUAAGGCAGUUCUGUCUUGAACUCAAUGGCCUUGCGGUUAAACUUCAGACUGAAUGCCAUCCAGAUACAUGCACACAGAUGACAGCGACUGAACAGUGGAUUUUUCUUUGUGCAGCCCAUAAAACUCCCAAAGAGUGUCCUGCCAUUGACUACACCAGACACACGCUGGAUGGAGCUGCAUGUCUUCUGAAUAGCAAUAAAUAUUUUCCCAGCAGAGUUAGCAUAAAGGAAUCGUCUGUAGCCAAACUAGGAUCAGUCUGCCGUAGGAUUUACAGAAUAUUUUCACAUGCAUAUUUUCAUCACCGUCAAAUAUUUGAUGAAUAUGAAAAUGAAACCUUCUUGUGUCACCGGUUUACCAAAUUUGUGAUGAAAUAUAAUUUGAUGUCCAAGGAUAACCUGAUUGUACCAAUUUUAGAAGAGGAGGUGCAGAACUCAGUUUCUGGUGAAAGUGAAGCAUGAUGGGUUUUGUGGACUGAAAUGAUUGCGUAAUUAACAUUAUGUACUGUAUAUAUCAUUUUAGAAACUUCAAUCAUGUAUCCUUAGAGCUUUGUUUAGUAUACUUUUUGUAUGCUGUGUGCGUUGCCUCUUAAUAUGGGAUAUGGUUUAAGUUAUUCAUGAGCUGUAUAUUCAAUGUGGCACUCAUGGUUUUUAAAUAAAAUUAGAAUUAUCUGUUUAUACUGCCUGUUAAUAAAAGAAUUUACAGUUCUGUAAAAUUGCUGCUAAACAAUCAUUGGAUCACAAUCUUCAAACUUUGUCCAAUUUAAACCUGAAGCUUAGUGUACUAAUUAAGUUGGAACUGUAGCCUUAGUUUGACACUUUAAUUUCAGAAACGUGCAAGUCCAUUUAAUUCUAACGUUUGUUGUAUUCUUUUUAGAAAGUACCUUUGUUUUAGUUCCCAAUUCUUGCUUUUGGGUGUGCGCAUAUAUAGUGCUAAACUAUUGUAGUAUGUGUGUAUCCAAAUAUUCAUUAUUACAGUAUUAAUACCAAAAGGAUAAUGUUUAUUAUGCUGCCAAAAGUAUAUUCUAGAUCUCUUUUUGUUCUGGACUUGCUUUUCUGUAUUGAACAAGGCUUGUGAGUAUCACAAAAGGUCAUGAGUUCAAUCACCUUAAGACAAAGAUUCCUUCCAUAUUUUCCUGCCCACACCUCUCACUAGUGGAUUAAACUUCUUGCCUACAGUUAAAUACUCUGUGGCUUAUACCUGUGCAUAUUUUUUUAUAGUAAUUGCUUACAGACUAUACCUUGCAUUAAAUGUUCAUGUUACACUACAGCAGUGUGUGCCAAAAUAAUCUUGCUUGUUUUUAGCAAAAGGGUUUCAUGUACUUGGAAUGUUGAAACUCUUCCAUAACAGUACAUGCAGCUGGAGUCUUCUCUUCAUUUUUCAUCUACCACUUAAGUCUCAUCUGCUUUUAUGUUCUGGUAAUUGAAUUCUGCCCCUUAUUUCCUCAAAUCUAAAUGUGUGUUCUUUAAGUAGCAUUUGCAGGUUUGCAUUAGCACUAAGGUUCCAUGAGUGCUCCUUAAUAGAGUUUGGGCUCUCCUGAAUGCUGUAGAAUUAAAUAUUUUUAAAAACAGAUCUAGCAGGUGUUGUUACAUUAGGUAUACAUAAAUCUAAAAGCACUAGCGCUGUUGUUUGAUCAAAUGGACUUAGUGAGAUGUUUUAACUUUGAAUUUGGUGUACGGUUCUUUCACAUUAAAGACAUUAAUCAGUGCUCCUCUUUAUCUGUUUGAAAUAGAUACAUUUUGGCCCUAAUGUGGCCAAGCUGACAUUACUUAAUUUGCUUCCUUUUGAAGAUUACUCAUUAACUGGGAAUGAAAGAAGUGAAUUUAUUUCCCAGUGUUCAUAAAUUUGUCUUCAGAACAUAUAGUUGACAUGCCUUAAUUGCAUAGAAGAUAUUCUAAAUUGGACACAUCUUUAGCCAGUUUGCUACUUUGAUAACAUUAAAGGGAAUCUAAAAAUGAGGAAUUGGAGGGUGAGAGAGACUCAGUUUGUCAAGAGGGCUAUCGUGGCACAAGCCCCAAUCACUUGAAUGGGGUUGUGCUGCUGGCAUAUUUGGGGGGGACUGAGCUGGAAGUUCUUCAGAGUGUUUACAUGGCUCUGCCGUCUCUGGCAGCUCUUAUUUUCUAUUUUUAAAAUGGUUUUAAUGGUCAACAGGGUCAUCACAUCAGAUGUGUUCAUAGCAACAGCAGUUAACUGAGGCUUACCUUGGGCAAUGCAGAUUUGAUUGGGACCUCAAAACAUAUGUCUGAGGAAUUGCAUUUCACAGGUGGCAGGAUAUUUUUGGCAUUGUCAGAACUGGUUGGUUCAUUGUAGUUUCCCCUAGUCAAAGCAAGUUGACCAGAAAGAAGAAUGGUGCUCCAGGCUGCAAUAAAAUCUUAAGACAUCUGGUAAAUGCCUCUGAGAUAGUUCAUCUUGUUUUUAGCAAAUAAUUCUGAUUAUGCUACUCUGUAAACUUGCUUCUAUAUAGUCAAAGUUAAGUAAAUGACCUAAACGGGACACUGCUUGUAACUUUCCCUUAAUGCUGUUGACUUGAGUACCUCUGAUAAUGUGUGUGCACAUGUGCCUGUCUGAUACUAUAGAACUUCAGUAAGUUAAGUGAAUGAUUGACUUUGUAUGGUAAAUAUAUUGAGAGUUUAACUUACAUCCUGCAUUAUAGGGAAACAGAAACAUUUGACUUUUGGAAUACACUGUAAAAAGUAGAGGUUGCAAUUAAAUUUUUUUCUUUUUCCA